ACAGAGCGCGUGACUCUCCGUCACGUGACAGACGAACAGCGAUGGGGUGACUAAAAGGAGGAUUUUGUGAGCGGCGUAAACAUUAAACUCCGGAAAAGAUGAUAACAGUGAGAGGAAUGGAGUGAAAUGUAGAUGGGCUGCGAGUUAUUAACAUUAACAGUGAUCGUGAGACGGAAUAAUUAGCUGUAGGUGCUGUUAGUGUGUUUAUUAACGCUGCUUCAGUCAUAGUCAGUGUCGUUAACUAACUUAGCAUAGCUGACUGAGCUGCAGUUUAACCUGCGAGGCUGUUACUCUGUGUUGCGUUAUAAUGCCUUAUUACCGCUAAACAGAUCACCAGUCUUGUUUCUCUGGCAUCUGCGGGCUGUCAAUAACGAUGAACGCUUUAGUCGCUCUUUGUCACUUCUGUGAGCUCCAUGGGCCUCGGACGCUGUUCUGUACCGAAGCCGUCCACCCUCCAUCCCCAUCGCCCCCGCAGCCCGGCUCCGCUCUGCUGUGUGACCAAGGAGAGCGAGAUGGAGAGGGACUGACCAUGAGGGCCAACAGCUCCGCUACGCAGAGAGCCGACAUGUGUGAGGGCUGUCGCUCUCUCCCUGCGUCUCAUCCUGGUUUUGUCAGUGUUGACUCAGAGACUGGGAUUCGUUUCCUCAGCCAUCAGCACCCGCGGCAGCCUCAGCUCUUCAGCAUGGUGCGGCAGGCGUGCGUACGCAGCCUCAGCUGUGAGGUGUGUCCAGGCAGGGAAGGACCCAUCUUCUUUGGGGACGAACAGCAUGGCUUUGUGUUCUCACACACAUUCUUCAUCAAAGACAGCCUGGCGCGAGGUUUCCAGCGCUGGUACAGUAUCGUGAUGGUGGCCAUGGACAGAAUUUACCUCAUUAACUCCUGGCCUUUCCUGCUGCGCCACCUUAAACUCACCAUCCAGAGUCUACAGAGCACUGCACUAAAGGUGUUUGACACCGAACAAGGCGUGUGUCCUCAGAGAGCCGUUCGGAUGAACAGCGCAUUCUCACCUGCGGUGUUUCCUCACCAGCGCAGCGGGAACGCCGCCCGCUCUCUGACCUCCCUCACCCAGCACCCCAACCUGUGGGCCAGCCUGCACGCCUCGUUCAGCUGGUUGCUGAAGGCUUGCGGGAGCCGACUGACUGAGAAGCUUCUAGAAGGAGCUCCUACUGAAGAUACACUCGUUCUCAUCGAAAGACAAACAGAACAAGAAGAGGAGAUGAAUGCGGAGGGAGGUGGGAAUAAACCACAGCUCGGCCAAUCAGAGAGCGCGCAGGGCAGAGAUUUCCUCUGUGGUGAUGACGGGAAACCUGAAGAAACUCCUGGACCAAAGUUCAGGUCACUGAGGCAUCUGAGACAAGUUCUCGGUGCAGCGGAGUUUCGGCAGUUGGCGUGGCACGUGCUCAUGGGAAACCAGGUGAUCUGGAGAGGAACAGACAGAGGGCUCAUCCAAUCAGCUUUCAACAUUCUCAAGGCCUUGCUCCCAGUGGGUUGCGUCCGGGUGGAAUGGUACAGCUCGCACUAUGAAGAGGCGUAUCGAUGUAACUUCCUGGGUCUGAGCCCUGACGUUCAAAUCCCAGCUCACGUCAGUUCCUCAGAGUUCACAGUGUUGGUGGACGUGCUGAACAUGGAGCAAGGCUCUUUGCAUGCUGGGUGUGAUGAUGACAUUCUCUCACUGUACCAGUUCAGUAUCAGCAGCGCCAACACACAGCCAACAGACAAAGGUCCGACUCUGCUGAAUAAGCUGGAGGUCGCUCUGACUAACGAGAAUCUGUCUGUGGAGGUGGUGUCUCACUGCCUGCUCUGUCUGAAGGAGGAGUGGAUGAAUAAAGUGAAGGUGCUGUUUAAAUUCUCGAAGGUGGACGGCCGAGGCAGGGAGGACACUCAGAAGGUUCUGGCCCUGCUGGGGGCCACCGGCCCUGGAGAAGAGGAUAACGUACGCCUGCUCAAAUUCUGGAUGACUGGACUCAGCAAAACCUACAAGAGCCAUCUAAUGACGGCGGUCAGAGGAGUAGAGCGGACGCUGAGCCAGUGAGAGGAAGCUGGAGGAGAAAGACUUUGUGCUGGUCAUGGAGACGGCGUGCAUGAGUUAGGAGUUUUUCCUCGUUAGAGAACAUGUCUGUGGACUUUUCUGAGUUGCAGCUGAAGAAAGAAACAUGAUCACGUCUCAGGAGGUGGUUAUGAGCAUUAAAUGAGAAUACAUAAUCUUAAUAUGGCCGCAUAAUUUGUUCAACCUGGUCGCUCCACAACACGGACAAAAUACCACAUUAUGGUUACAUUGUAAAUACAUUUAUAUAUUCGUGAAAGUUCGGCUCACUCUUGUCUAAUUACACGUUUUGUUGAUUUUUUUAAAACCUCAACACAUCAUCUACAGUGAACGAACUGAAAUAUGGCAUUUUAGUGCACAAUUUCUUUUGCUGAUUUUAACGUAUUAGAAAAAAAAUAAACGUGCCAUAACUUUUAACACAGACCACAUUUUCUGUUUUAUUUUUUCCCUUUUUAUCUGUUAAAUUCAGCAAAUAAAUAGUAAUUGUGUGUUAAAAUGUGCAGUAGUGUGUUCUCCGUAGAGGACGUGUUCACUUAUUUUCAUUAUUAGAAAAUCAACAAAAUGUACAAUUUCACCAAAACGUUUGCACACGACUUGUGUGAGUAUAACACUGGAAUAAAUAAAGUUGAACGGAAUAGGAGUAUAAAAAUGAAUCAAUUUUAUGACUGAAUAUAGUGAAACAUUACACAGAAUGAAUGAAUAUAGUGUCAUGACAUCAUAAUAGGCUGCCGUCAAAUAAACAGAGGUGACGUCAUAAUGGGCUGCCGUCAUAAAUAAAUAGAGAUGAUGUCAUAAUGGGCUGCCAUCGUAAACAAAUUGAGAUGACGUCAUAAUGGGCUGUCAUCGUAAACAAAUUGAGAUGACAUCAUAAUGGGCUGCCGCCAUAAAUAAAUAGAGAUGAUGCCAUAAUGGGCUUCCGUAAUAAAUAAAGAAACAUGACAUCAUAACAGGCCGCCGUCAUAAAUAGAGAUGACAUCAUAAUGGGCUGCCGUCGUAAAUAAGCAUAGAUGACGUCAUAAUGGGCUGCCGUCAUAAAUAAAUAGAGAUGACGUCAUAAUGGGCUGCCGUCAUAAAUAAACAGAGAUGACGUCAUAAUGGGCUGCCGUCAUAAAUAAAAUGAGAUGACGUCAUAAUGGGCUGCCGUCAUAAAUAAAUUGAGAUGACGUCAUAAUGGGCUGCUGUCAUAAAUAACUAGAGAUGACGUCAUAAUGAGCUGCCGUCAUAAAUAAAAAGAGAUGACAUCAUAAUGGGCUGCCGUCAUAAAUAAACAUAGAUGACGUCAUAAUGGGCUGCCGUCAUAAAUAAAGAGAGAUGACAUCAUAACAGGCCGCUGUCAUAAAUAAUUAGAGAUGACGUCAUAAUGGACUGCCAUCGUAAAUAAACGCAGAUGACGUCAUAAUGGGCUGCCGUCGUAAAUAGACGCAGAUGACGUCAUAAUGGGCUGCCGUCAUAAAUAACUAGAAAUGACGUCAUAAUGGGCUGCCAUCAUAAAUAAAGUGAGAUGACGUCAUAAUGGGUUGGCAGCAUAAAUAAAUGCAGAUGACGUCAUAAUAGGCCACCAUACAAUCCGCUACAUUGUUACUAUGCAGUUUAUGCUGUUACUGUCCACCAGUUGUCGUUGCUGUUGUUGUUGUUGCUGUUGUUGUUUACAGGCUUUCUGUAAUUGUCCUAAAUCUUUUUUAUGAUCCAUGCUGUUUGGUCAGUGGUCUAGAAGUCCUGACCGCACCCAUCUUACUCAGAAAAGAGCUUUGUGAUGUAAUUUAUCAGAAUAACAGUUACAGGGAGCACAAAAUGACUAUACAGGUCAAUAUUUUAAUAAAAUUAGCUUUUCACCACCUGCACCACCUUCGAACUGGACGCUAGUACUUAUGCAGGUCUUUGUAUAACUAAAAUGCAACUACUGACAUAAAACUAUGCUUAACUUCAGUCUUUGAUUAAUUUUUAACUUUAUUUAUUUUUUUGCAUGGAAAUGUUUGUUGUUCUAUAAGUGGCUGUAUGCAAACAUGACCUUCUCCACUUUAAGGACCUGUGAUGUCAUCAGCAGUUGUAACUACUAACCAGUUCUAAUCUGCAGAUCAGAGGACUAUUUAUCUGAGGGUUGCCAGAUAGUGAAAAUAAAGAACUGAAAUAAA